CCUCUCCCCUCCGUCCUCCUCCUGCUCCUCGCCGCCGCCAUGCCCGGAGGUCUGCUGCUCGGAGACGAGGCCCCCAACUUCGAGGCGGACACCACGAUCGGCCGCAUCCGCUUCCACGACUUCCUCGGAGACUCAUGGGGCAUUCUCUUCUCCCACCCUCGGGACUUUACCUCAGUGUGCACAAGAGGCCAUGCUGCCAAGCUGGCCCCGGAAUUUGCCAAGCGGAAUGUUAAGGUGAUUGCUCUUUCCAUCGACUCUGUCCAAGACCAUCUUGCCUGGAGUAAGGAUAUCAAUGCAUACAAUGGAGAUGAGCCCACAGAGAAGCUGCCUUUCCCCAUCAUUGAUGAUCACAACCGAGACCUUGCCUUCAAGUUGGGCAUGUUAGAGCCAGAUGAACGGGAUGGCCAGGGCAUGCCUUUGACAGCUCGUGUGGUAUUUUUUUUUGGCCCAGAUAAGAAGUUGAAGCUUUCUAUCCUCUACCCAGCAACAACUGGUAGGAACUUCGAUGAGCUCCUCAGAGUGGUUGAUUCCCUUCAGUUGACAGCAUACAAGAAGGUUGCUACUCCGGUCGACUGGAAAUGUGGAGAUAGUGUCAUGGUUAUUCCAACUCUCUCUGAAGAGGAGGCCAAAAAACUCUUUACUAAAGGCGUCUUCACCAAGCUCCCUUCAGGCAAGAAAUACCUACGGUACACCCCUCAGCCAUAG